GCCCAGACUCGCGCUUUAAGUUUGGAUGAUCAAAUUUUUUCAUUUCGUCUUCGACUCUCUCUUUUGUUCUCCAUUCACACCAAAUCCUCUGCGAUCCUUCACCAACUAUCAUCGUCCUCUUCAGAUUCUUCAAUUUUCACCGUCAAUUCCCUUCCUUCUCUCUCAAUUACUGUAGUUUUUGCUUAGUUUGGGAUAUAGGGUUUUUGAGGAUGAACGUGGGCGACCUCAACAAUGUAUGGGAAAUCAGAGCUCUGAAGAGGAAACCCGCGGCAGAAGAAGCGACGAAGAUGUUGGAGAAGAUCGCUAAACAGGUCCAACCCAUCAUGCGCAAACACAAAUGGAGGGUCAAGAUCCUCUCUGAAUUUUGCCCAGGAAAUCCAUCUCUCCUGGGAGUGAAUGUUGGAGCUGGUAUACAUGUGAAGUUGCGGUUACGGAAGCCAAACAGGGAUUUGGACUUCUACCCAUUUAAUCAAGUUCUUGAUACGAUGCUUCAUGAGCUUUGCCAUAAUGCCCAUGGCCCUCAUAAUGCCAACUUCUACAAGCUUUGGGACGAGCUUAGAAAGGAAUGUGAAGAGUUGAUGGCUAAGGGAAUAACUGGCGCAGGACAGGGUUUUGACCUUCCAGGAAGGCGUUUAGGUGGUUAUUCCCGGCAACCUCCACUUCCAUCCCUCCGUAAAACUGCACUGGAAGCUGCAGAAAAGAGAGCACGAUUGGGAUCUCUUCUUCCAUCUGGACCAAAACGUAUUGGUGGUAAUAGUAUUAUAAUGAAAGCCCUUAGUCCAGCACAAGCUGCUGCAAUGGCUGCAGAACAGAGAUUGCAGGAUGAAAUAUGGUGUGGUUCUCAAUCUUCCGCACAUUUGGAUAAGGAAGAUGUUGACUAUGAUGAUGCUGAGAACAUUGUGCAUAAGGGGGAAAAUGUGGGAACCUCAAGACUACCAGAUAAUUCUACUCUACCAUCAAAGCUCUUAUCUCGAAAAAGAAGUCAGGAUACCUCGUCAAGUUUACUUGGCUCAUCAUCUAGUAGUUCUGAAUUAAUAGAUUUGACUAUGGACACACCAAAAAGGGGAUCUAAACGAAGUUGCUGUGGAUCGGAAACCAUUUCACAUUCUCAAUCCAAUUUUCAUGAAGGACCUAGUUCGGCAAAUUUAUCAAGUGUGUCUGUAUCUGGUGAUAGUAGAACAUUUCGUUCUGAUGAAUCUGGAAUGUGGGAAUGUACGAUGUGCACCCUAUUGAACAACAAAUUGGCUCCCAUUUGUGAAUUGUGCGGCACUCACCAGCCAAAAGAUGUUAGUACCAAAUACAACAGUUGGUCUUGCAAAUUCUGUACGUUGGAGAACAAUGUGAAGUUGGAUAAGUGCUCUGCCUGUGAUCAAUGGAGAUACUCUUGUGGUCCACCAGUGUCAACCCUGGCACCUAACGUUGGUACAUAGCAGAACUGUGUAAUUAGCUUAAUGGUUUUUUAUUCAUUUUUGGCUUUAGUCUUCACAAACCUGCUCCACCUAAUUAUUUAUUGUUGGUUUCUUAUUUUCUAUGCACCAGUCUAGAUUUAGAUCAUAUCUUUUCCCAUUAA